AUGAGUCGCAAAUAUACCACAGGCCAGCGCCUUUCAUUUGACAAUGCCCUGUGCACUGUUCGAUACGUUGGCCCAGUCAAAGGCACCGAGGGGGAAUGGCUUGGCGUCGAAUGGGACGACCCCGUACGAGGAAAACAUUCGGGGGAGCAUAAGGGCAAGAGAUAUUUCACAUGUAGUUCUCUCUCUCUCUCUCUCUCUCUCUCUCUCAAUCUAUUUUUGUUUAUAAUGCUUAUCAGCAAUCUAGGCAUAAGUAAACAACAGACAGCUGCUUCCUUUGUGCGGCCUACUCGGCGCAUAGACCAGCCCCAGGGCUUUCUCGAAGCGCUGCGUCAAAAGUACGCCUCGGAGUUUGAAGAAGAGCUCGCAAAGAGGAAAGCCACGGGAAACGAUGAGGUUCAGAUGAACGAGCUGAUCUCGUUCAACGGAAAAGUUGUAGAAGAGGUUGGUUUUGAAAAGAUCAGAAAGCAGCUUGCCGAGCUGCAAGACCUCAAGGUUGUUCUCCUGGACAACCAGUGUGUAGCAGGUGUUUUUGGCCGCGAUGAUGAUGAACAAAAACGGCUUUAUCGUGAGGAAUUGGACAAAAUCGAGCAGACGUGUCCUAAGAUUGCUGAGCUGGAUCUCAGUCGGAACUUGCUCUAUCGCUGGAAGGAUGUGCGAGAGAUUUGUGAGCAGCUGCAGCAGCUGAAGAGUUUGAAACUAAAUGGUAAUCGAUUUGAAAAGGUCCAUCCUGGUUUGGUAUUUGAGAGGAUAUCAGAACUACACCUCGAUCAAACUUUUAUGAGCUUUGAAGAGAUAUCAUCUUUGACGAUGCAAUUUCCGAGCCUAACAUCUUUAACGAUAUCCACAAAUCACAUAUCAACCAUUUCGUCUUCUCUACCCGCCACGUUGCGCAACCUCACGCUUGAAAGUAACGAUAUUACGACCCUAUCCUCGCUAAAACUUCUUGCCCAAAUCCCAAAUCUUGAACGGUUGUCAGUUCGCGGCAAUGAUAUAAAUACGACUAUAACCUCACAGUCUAACAGCAACGAAGAGGCAGGCUUAUUUGAAUUUUCAAAGACUUUAACGUCAUUGGAUAUUUCGCGCAAUCAGAUCGAUUCGUGGCUCUUUAUUAAUGAUCUACCUAGGAUAUUCCCUGGCCUUGAGUCUCUACGCAUUUCAGGAAACCCGCUGUAUGACAGAGCCAUUGCAUCUACAAACAUCACAGGGUUGCCUGAAAACCCCAUGACCGUGGAUGAAGCGUUCAUGCUGACGCUGGCCCGACUGGGGAACCUUACAUCACUAAACUAUAGCAAGAUCACCCAGAACGACCGGACAAAUGGCGAAUUAUAUUAUCUUUCGCUGAUCGGAAAGGAACUGUCUGCCUUCCCGGCUUCUGACGAGGAACGCAUUCUUGCCACACAUCCCCGAUAUCCAAGGUUAUGCGAGAUAUACGGUGAACCAGCGAUAAGGCGUCGUUCGGAUACAUUUUUAGGGAAGAAUAUGAGACCAGGCUCUGUCGCAGCCCGACUCGUGAACUUCAAGCUCUACUGCCAAGCGGCGCCUCCACUGGAGACCGGGGCUCGUCCAGACGAGGAGAAGCGCGAACACGAAUACGAGAUCCCAAGAACAUUUGACGUGUACAGAGUCAAGGGAAUUGUGUCUCGCCUCUUUGGUUUUGCGCCGUUGAGAUUUCGUUUGAUUUGGGAGACGGACGAGUGGGAUCCUGUCGAGGAGUUUAAUCUCGGCGGGGAAGAAUGGGACAGCGACGAUGAAGAUGAUGAAGAGGAAGAGGCCAUUUCAAAAGACACUGCCGAUCAACCGAAUACUCGCAAAGAGGCCAUCACACCGACGGUUACAAAGGACGAUGGAAGGAAAUUUGUCAGACGCGAAGUCGAGCUUAUUGAUUCGACUCGACAAGUCGGGUUUUGGUUAGAUGACAGCACGCGGGAGCCCAAAUACUGGUGCAAGCAAUGCCAAAUCUACAUUCGCGACACCGCCUUCGAAAAAACCCAGCAUGAAGCCACCGGCAAACACCAAGGGAACCUGAAGCGAUUUCUAAGGGACAUCCACCGAAACAAGGAACGCGAGCAGAGAGAUACCGCGAGAACCACGAAUGAAGUCGAAAGGCUCCGGAGUCUAGUGUCUGGAAAGCCAGCGCCAGCGACAACCAAAACAGAUGCGACGCAAAACCGACCUUCGGCAUCUUCAAACAUCCCACGGCAGGCGACGGCAGAAGAUCGCAAAAAGCAGGUUUCGCAGCUGGUGGAAAUGGGCGUUGCUGUUCCGGAGCAGUAUCGAAGAGACAUGGCGAUUGCAGGGGACUGGCAGACUGUUUCGAUAACCCGCAUCGAAAAGGGCGAAGAAGGGCCCCGGCUCAAUACCGGGGUGAGGAAACGCAAGCAUGAAGAGAACGAAGCCGAGGAAUAUGAGGCCCAGGCAGCCCUGGAGAGCAACGUGCGAAAGGGCUGGGGUUCGGCAACGCGCUCGUAUCCUGGGGCCACCGAGGAUACUGACGACUUGGAAGCGCUUCUCUCGAGAACAAAAACGGUUAAACGCGACGAGGAUGCAGAUACGAAGCCUGAACCGGACACCGAAGACGCUGUCAAGGAGUCUCCUGAAGGUGAAGCUGGUCUAAGCAAAGCAGAGCCAGGAUUAAUUAAAGAAGACCCCGAUUCCCUCGAGCUGUCUGGAGCUGUAUUACCGAAAAGUGAAGACCAGGAAGCAGCACCAGCAAUUGUUUUCAAGAAACGUAAAAGCAAGGCUACUAAGAAAUAG